AUGGAAGAAGCUCCCAGGUUCAUCAUUGGGCACCAUGACCCCAAGAGACCUAUACCAGUCUCGAUGGAGACCGUACAAGAUGCUCAUGCCGCAAAUUAUGACAUAGUGACGAGCCCCAUCACGACGCCCCAUUUCCAUUCCCGGGUGUUAACUCUCCUCUCUUCAUCCCUUCCCUUCCAUUCAGAAGAAGACAUCACCAAAACCAAGAGUGGUUCACCUGUCAUUAUUCCACCACUGACUCCGGCGGAUACUCCAUUGACGCCCGAUGAGUCUAUUAGCCAGACCAUAGGUAUUACAAGUUCCUGGAUUGACCUUGGUUCUCCAGAUCCGAUCAUCGCGGAUGUCUCUCGACAGGUCCUGCAACUGGAAUUGGCCUAUGCUGCCUUCUGCGGGCUCACGUAUGUCCUGAUUCCAGGCCCUCGUCUUCGUGGUCAAGGCGUGUCUGACAGCGGGGUGGCUCAAUGUGCGAGAGUGAUCUUGGAUGCCCUUGGCCAAGCUCCCUACAUGCAACUAUACAUAUGGUUUCCCAUGAUUGACCAUUCCAAGGAACAAGUCGACCAGCUGGGCAAUCUAGCCCUGUUUGUGCGUCCGCAAUUUUUAGAGCAGGACGAGGCUGAAAUCGAAAGGUUGGAUCUUUUUGGAACCUGGGAGGCAUGGAACCUGAUCAGAUCGAUAUGUAAAUAUCCUUCUAGGUUGUGUGUAGCCUUGGCUAUACCAAAGCUGCUCCCUCCAGUCCCCAUCCAGUCAAGAUGGUAUUCCGAACCCAUCCGGCUGCUCACCCUCGACAAGCAAAUGUUUGCUAAGAAUGCCAAAGGCUAUCCCGUGCUGACUCGCGCUCAUCAAUCCUUCAUUCUGAGAUUUUCCCGGCUCCGUACAGCACCAUGGUUCCUUCUAUGUGACGUGGGGACUAUUCCUAACAGCACCACGAAUAGCAGCAUGGCCAACCCAGCCGCGGCUGAGACCAACGCAUUCCCUACGCUCGCCGAAGCAGCACAAACUCCAGACCUCAAAGACCCGACUCCCCACCUCUCGUACAUGCGCAACUUGCAAACCAAACAACCACCUCAAUCGCUUCUUGAUCGCUUCGGGGCUGGCUAUCAAGAUUAUCUACAGGCGCCGUUGCAGCCGCUAACUGUCAACCUCGAAAGCAUCACGUAUGAAGUCUUUGAGAAAGACCCGAUCAAGUAUGCGUGGUACGAGCGCGCCAUCGCCCGCGCCUUGCACGACUGGAUUGAACAAGGAAAACCGACCUCCAACCCGGACGGACGCGUUGUUGUUGCUGUGGUGGGAGCGGGUCGUGGGCCACUGGUAACUCGCGCACUCAAGGCCAGUCAAGACGUCGGGGUGGAGAUUGACAUGUGGGCGCUGGAGAAGAACCCGAAUGCGUUUGUUCUUCUUCAGCGCCAUAACAAGACAACGUGGCGUGGCCGAGUGAAUUUGGUGAAGUCGGACAUGAGGACGUGGAGGGGGCCUAUUGGCGCUAGAAGUACGGCAAACCCGACUCGAAUAUACAACACCUCGCCUGACAGUGGUGAUGAUGAUGGCAACGACGGCGACGGCGACAAGCAGAAGAAAAAUGCGGAACAAAAAUCAACUGCCCAACCGACAUUCACGGGCUCACCCACCCUCGAUACGACCUACCUUCUUGCGACGAGCACCCAAACCACCACGCCAACACCGUACAAGAUCGACAUCCUGAUAAGCGAACUCUUAGGAUCCUUCGGCGACAACGAGCUUUCCCCCGAAUGCCUCGACGGGGUUCAGCACCUCCUGAACCCAGUCCAUGGAAUCUCCAUUCCGGCAUCAUACACUGCGCACAUCACGCCGAUCGCGGCGCCAAAGCUCCACGCAGACAUAUUGCAUGGAAUGGGCAGUAAUCCCAACGCGGGCGAGACGCCGUACGUGGUCAUGUUCAACGCGAUCGACUACUUGAGCACGAGGCUGUCCGCUGGUACAGAAGCCGAGCCGUCGCGCGGUCUGUCGACAGGUGCCGUUCAAAGUCAUCCAACUCCAAGCGAGAUGCAAAGUCCUACUUCACCACCCGAGACCUCAACCACAGUGGCGACGCCUUACUCGAGAGCGCACACGCGUCAACCCCAGCAACCCGUUGUUCCUCAUCCUCCAACGCCGCCAACGCCAGUCCCCGUCAUACAACAGACAUGGGCGUUCCUGCACCCAAACCCAGCCUUACCAACCCUCAGCCCGUCCACCAUCGGCACAACGACGACAGAACUCUCCCUCACCAACAGCCACAACGCCCGCUCAUGCCAGCUGACCUUCCCGAUCCCGCACCGGGGCACGUGCCACGGCCUGGCGGGCUACUUCGAGACCGUGCUCUACAAGGGCGUCGAGUUGUCGACGAAUCCCGACACCAUGGACCAAAAGAGCGAGGGCAUGAUCAGUUGGUUUCCGAUAUUUUUCCCGCUGAAGACACCGCUCUUCCUCCCCGACAACUCGGAAAUCAGCCUGACAAUGUGGCGCAAGACGGACGACCGCAAAGUCUGGUACGAGUGGCUUGUCGACGUCUAUCUCUACGUCCCUUCCUCUUCGUCGCCCCAGACCGCUCAUGCGGCGCAGCAGCAGCAACCGCUGGGACAAGCUCAGAGCAUGAAUCUCGACGGCAGCAGCGGUGGUGGCGCUGGCGGCGACAACAACAACAACAACAGUAAGGGGAAGAGGAAAGGCCUCCCGGCAUCGGCACUCAUGACACCGCCAGCACCGCCAGCACCGCCAGCACUACAUCUAUCGACCGGAAGCGCUUCAGCACCCACCAGUACAGAGCGAGGCACGCAACCGCCCCGCUGUGCCGCUGUCGCAAGAGGUCGCCGGGUCCGGGUCGGAGGGAGCGAGCUGCAUUCCUCGGAGAAGGAAGCCUGUUUGAUGUAA